AUGGCUUCCGACACACGAGAGCGCCAGCGCCGCCGAAAGAUCGUGUUGGCCUGUGAACCGUGCCGCGAGCGCAAGACACGCUGCGACGGCCGCAAGCCCAUCUGCUCGUCAUGCGAGCACCGCUCUCUUGGCCUAGAGAAAUGUAUCUAUACGGUUGGCAAUGCACGCACUGCGAGCAGCGACGACUACACAAAGGCCCUGCAUGAGCGCAUCCGCCACCUAGAACAUGCUUGUGCUCUGUAUGGAAUCGAGGUCAAUUCGGCCGGGCGAGUGAGCUUGCUGUCCAACAGCCGGCUGCGACCGCCCAUGUCGGCCCCGUCCUCGGCGGCUACCAGCCCGGUGAUGCUGUCAGGCGGCCGGCGUGGCGGUGUUGUGGACCAGCAGCCGUCGGUUACGCCGCCCAAUGUAUCCGCAACAGGGAAAUCGGGCACCUCUGACAUGACGUCUCCAGAGCAAAUGGAUCCGGAGGAUGCCACAGGUGUAACGGCUAUGGGCACUGUGCUGUCUGAAGAAGACCUGGAAGGCGAGGGCGCCAUUGAUUCCUUUUACGGCCGGUCAUCGGCCGCUUCGUUCCUCAAAGAAGCAGCCAGCGCGUUACCGCAGAGACAAAAUUGGAGUGGCGCAAGUACAAGUUCGGGGACCGGUACCACCGCCGCCACCACGUCGCAGUCCAGCUUCUUUGCAGGUCGCGGCCCCACAUCAGCCCCGUCGCCAGUCCGGCCACGGCCGCAUCCGCCCCCGCCUCCUCCGCCAGUCAUGGCGCCGCCGACGCUCAGCUUCACUGAUGUGGACCGGUUCACCUUGCCUCCUCGUGCCCUGGGUGACCACUUGAUCCAGCGCUUCUUCAGCCGCAUAUUUUACCAGUACCCCUUCUUCGAUCGCGAAGCCUUUGAGCACGCAUACCAGAGACUGUGGCAGGUUGAUGACCCGGCAACACGUCCCCAAAUCGCUGCGCAGCAACAGAAAUUCGACGGACUGGGUCUGGGCAGCAGCGAGGCCGGUCCCGACAGUAUCAUAUUCCACUGCGCUCUCAACGCCAUCUUUGCUCUCGGCUGCUGUUUCUCGGACCUGCCGCCGGCCGAGCGCGCCGCCGCCAUCGACGUCUUUGGAAACCGCUCCAAGACCUUUGUCGGACUUGAACUCAUCAACUACAACAAUCUCGGCGUGGUCCAAGCCAUGCUGGUCAUCUCUCUCGUCUUACAAGGCACACCCUACCCCAACCGCUGCUGGAUUGCCGUUGGCAUGGCCUGCCGCGUGGCCCAGGGUAUUGGUCUGCACACGGAGGAGACCAGUCCGAGCCGGCGGUUGCGUGGUGAGCGUAUGCGGUUGAUGCGUCAGCGGACGUGGCACGGCUGUGUCGUUAUGGAUGUUCUCGUGAGCAUGACCUUUGGUCGGCCACCCAUGGCGUCUAGUUUGUCGAUUGCACCGGAGAUGUUGAAUAAGAACCCAGAUUCUUCUAGCCCAGAAUCGCUCAGGCUAGCUUUCUAUUACGAAGGUGUCAAACUCAGUGUAAUUCUCGAAGACAUCCUGCAGCGCAUCUACAAGCCAUGGCUGACACGGGAUGCCAACAAUACAAACCACAACGGAAACACCACCACCAGUACAUCCAGUACAUCGUCCAACAAUGCCCUACAGACCCACCACAACCUCGAUACUGUGGUUGAAAUCCAGGGCCGUCUCGAUCAAUUUGAGCAAUCGGUCACGCCGUUUCUCUCGUGGACGGCACAUGCCGACAUGCCAGGCGACGUGUCCGAAGAAGAUCGCCUCGUUAUGGGCAUUAGCCAGAAUGUCCUCCAUGCCCGGUUCAUCUACUUGCAGCUGAUUCUCUACCGGCCCAUCUUGUCCCAGCUUGCCAACCCAGACGCAAGCCCGACUACAUCGAGUGGCGCAAACUCGUCUGGUCAGUCCUUGUUGACACGCGAUGGCCUUCGCUAUUCCUUUGCCAUUGAAUGUGGGAAGUCUUGCAUCGAGGCAGCCAAACGCCUUAUCGUCUUGGUGCAUAGUGUUUACCGGACGGAGACGACUGACAUCUGGUGGUGGAAUGGCCUAUACGCAUGUGCUGCUGGCCUAGUCCUUAUUGUUGCUCGGUCGUGUCCCGACCUCUGGCAAUCACUCGAUCGUGAUGAAAUUGCGGCUCUUUGGGACAAGUCUCAUUCUAUUCUGCAAGAUCAGGCACUCUACAGCGCCUCUGCACGCAAAUCACUCGACCUCCUGCUUAAGGUCAACGAGCAUGCCCUCCUCAGACAGGCCGCUGGUGAGAAUGACAGCUUGGCUACCAACACGUCCAGUGGCAAUGGUUUUGCUAGCGAUGGCGGUGUAGGGGCGCCAGGACGAGAAGGAGGAGGACAUAGGGAUGGCAACAAUAACAACAAUAACGGCAACAGCGGAAACUUAGGCAGCAAUAGCAGCCUUGCAGCGCAGUUCCUUGCGGGCACGACGGGCGACGGCCUGACUGCAGCAGGAGGAAGCAACAUGCAGCCCGGCCAGUUCGAUUUCCUGGCCCAGAUGGCCGACCCCAAUGCGCCAACCCUGCUUGAGGAUACCUACGCAAUGGGUCCGCUGUUUGCCUGGGACCAGAAUAUCGAUUUUACUAAUUUGCUACCUUGA